ACCUAAUCGGGAAUUUUCAUGUUUGCUCUUCGCCGUCUACUACCCCGAGCAGCACUACAGACCCGCUCCGUCGUCGGUGGCGGCGGGGCGCACACUAUCGACUCUGUCAUCGGCGAGCUCAAUGCCGACCUUACCGCCUCCACCGCCGUUUCCAAAUCUGUACCUCCCGCCCCCUCCGCCAUCGACACCAGUCUACCACCCUCCGCCCCUUCUCAUCAAGAAAAACCAGCAACACCUCUCGACCCCGUAGACCGCCGAAACUGGCCCGUCUACCGUCUGCACUGCCAGGCCACCCCCAACAACACCCUCCUCACUUUCACUACCCCAGACGGUUGCGUCAAGGCAUGGGCCUCUGCAGGCUCAUGUGGAUUCAAAAACACCAGGAGAGGGUCACCCGAGGGCGCGUACGCUGCGUCUGUCAAGAUAUUUGAGAAGAUUCUGGCGGUGACGGAGGGUACGGAGUUUUAUGUGCACCUGUUUUUGAAAGGCUUUGGACUGGGGAGGAACACGCUGGUGCAGACGCUGGCGAGCACUGAAGGCGAGUCAGUGAGGAGAAGAAUCUUGUAUAUGACGGAUCGGACUCCGAUAAAAAUUGGAGGAACAAGAGCAAAGAAGAUGAGGCGGAUUUAGGCAAUUCUAUGUCGUAUUCUAUGUUGCAAUGCAGUUUUUUUUACAAGACCAAC